AUGUUAUUUUUCUUAAAAAUAUCUUCUGAAAAUAACUCAUUUUCGAAUAUUCGAAAAUUUCAACUUGAUCAUUUAUCUAAUUUAUUAAUUAAAAUUUCUCGACAAAUAUUUAAUAUGAUUUUAUAUCUUCAAUCAAUAUCAAUCGAUAAAGUGAAUGAAUUUGAUAAAUUUGCAGAUAUUUUCGAUAAAUUUGUGGUUAUAUUACCAAAUAAACAACCAUUAAUUGAUUCACGUCUUAGUAGUUUAUAUUUUGAUGAUAUUUAUCCAGCAUUAGGAGAUUAUAAUACAGCACUUGAAUAUUAUCAAAAAACACAAAAACUUCAAGAAAAAUCUCUUCGUCCAUCACACCCAUCAUUAGCUGCUACUUAUAAUAAUAUAGCUGAUAUACAAAGAAAAUUAGGUUAUGAUAAAGUAGAACUUACAUUAUAUAAAAAAAUCACUUGA